AUGGCUUCUGAUUCUUUAACCAAGCUUGUGUUAUUUGCUUGUGUCCUCCUGCUUACAUUCUCAGAAAACCUUGUGGCUGGAGAUUCCGACAAAGUGAAGCUCAAUCUUUACUAUGAAUCACUUUGUCCCGGUUGUCAGGAGUUCAUCGUCGAUGAUCUAAGUAAAAUCUUUGACUAUGAUCUCUACACAAUCACUCAUCUCAAGCUGGUUCCAUUUGGUAAUGCCAAACUCUCCGAUAAUCUGACUAUCACUUGCCAGCAUGGUGAAGAGGAAUGCAAACUAAACGCCCUUGAAGCUUGCGCUAUAAGAACAUGGCCCGAUCCGAAAUCACACUACUCGUUCAUACACGUUGAAAACGAUACAAAAGGUUGGGAAUCAUGUGUUAAGAACUCUGGACGUGAGAAAGCUAUCAAUGAUUGUUAAAAUGGUGAUCUUUAGAGAAAGCUGAUACUUAGGUACGCAACCCAAACCAUAAGUUUGAAGCCGCCACAUGAAUAUGUACCAUGGGUCACACUCAACGGCAAACCACUCGAUGAUAACGUACAAAGUAUGGAUGAUCUCAUGGCUCAAAUCUGCAAAGCAUACAAAGGAAAGACUGCUCUCCCAAAAGUUUGCAAUUCAUCUGCCUUGAUGUCUAAGUCACCUAAGAGGAAAGUGUGGAAGCUUCAGUCUUAUGCCGAUAAAGCUAUCAAUUAUUAA